AUGAGUCCUGCGGGCUGCCCCCAUGUCAGCGGCUUCAAGGUGGACAACUGGAAGCAGAACCUGCGGGUCAUCUACCAGUGCUUCGUGUGGAGCGGGUCGGCCGAGAGCAGAAAACGCAAGGCCAAGUCGUGUGUGUGUCACAUGUGCGGCGCUCACCUCAGCAGACUUCACUCCUGUCUCUACUGCGUGUUCUUCGCCUGCUUCACCAAAAAACACAUCCACGAACACGCCAAGAGCAAGAGACAUCACUUGGCUGUGGACCUGCUGUUCGGGGGUAUCUACUGCUUUAUUUGCCAAGAUUACAUCUACGACAAAGACAUGGAACAGAUCGCCAAAGAAGAGCAGCGCAAAGCCUGGAAGAUGCAAGGAAUCGGAGAGAAAUUCUCCAUCUGGGAGCCCACGAAGAGAGAACUGGAUCUGCUGCGACACAACCCCAAGAGGAGGAGAAUCACCUCCAACUGUACCAUAGGGCUCCGUGGACUCAUAAACCUGGGAAACACGUGUUUCAUGAACUGUAUCGUUCAGGCGCUGACACACACUCCGCUGCUCAGAGACUUCUUUCUCUCGGAUCGACACAAGUGCGAGAAUCAAAGCAACUCCUGCCUCGUCUGCGAGAUGUGCCAGCUGUUUCAGGAGUUCUACUCAGGCCACCGCUCGCCUCACAUCCCGUUCCGACUGCUGCACCUGGUGUGGACUCACGCUCGCCACCUGGCAGGAUACGAACAACAGGACGCUCACGAGUUUCUGAUCGCGGCCCUGGACGUUCUGCACCGACACUGCAAAGAUGACAACGGUAAAAAAGGCAACAACCCAAACCACUGUAACUGCAUCAUUGACCAGAUCUUCACUGGAGGUCUGCAGUCGGACGUCACCUGCCAAGUCUGCCAUGGCGUGUCCACAACCAUAGACCCGUUCUGGGACAUCAGUCUGGACCUGCCUGGUUCCUCCACCCCCUUCUGGCCCCUGAGUCCUGGAGAUGGAGCUGCUUUGAACGGGGAGAGCCACACUGGGGGGGCCACCACCCUCACAGACUGUCUGCGCAGGUUCACUCGGCCAGAGCACCUCGGCAGCAGCGCUAAGAUCAAGUGCAGCGGUUGCCAUAGUUACCAGGAGUCCACCAAGCAGCUGACCAUGAAGAAGCUGCCCAUCGUGGCCUGUUUCCACCUCAAAAGGUUUGAACACUCGGCCAAACUGCGGCGGAAGAUCACCACAUACGUGUCCUUCCCCCUGGAGCUGGACAUGACGCCCUUCAUGGCCUCCAGUAAGGAGAGCAGGAUGAACGGCCAGUAUCAGACGCUCGACCCUUUCAACAACGACAACAAGUACAGUCUGUUUGCAGUGGUAAACCACCAGGGGACGCUAGAGAGCGGCCACUACACCACCUUCAUCAGACAACACAAGGACCAGUGGUUUAAAUGUGACGACGCCAUCAUCACCAAAGCCAGCAUCAAGGACGUGCUGGACAGUGAGGGGUACCUGCUUUUCUACCACAAACAGUUCCUGGAGUACGAGUGA